CAUUGUUGUAAAGUGCAAUACAUAAACUUAAUAUCGUAACUACGGAAUGGAAAACUUAGUCAGAAAUUCCGGAGAGCGGAGUAUGUCCAGACAAUCCAGCGUGCAGGGGUUGGCGCAGCAGACGAAGGGAUUUGUGCGCGCGUACUCUAGCGGGGAUCUAGAAGAGACGGAACGCGGUCUGGAGGAGGAGAUCAUUCGUGAGACCGGGUGCGCGCGCACAGGGAAUCUAGCGAGGUUGCGUCACCGUGGUGAGAUGGUUCUGCACAGCAAACAGGUGCUUCUGGCGGUUGUCAUCCUUAACCUGGUCGACUGUUGUCUUGUGCUCGGUGAACUCGUGCUGGAUAUUCAUUACGUCAAGGAGUUACGCCACGAAACUGAAUACACGUCGGCCAAGUUUAUAGUUGAGAUGGAAAGCCGCUACCCAGACGUCAUUCAUGGUCAUAGCAUUGACGAUAUUGGGAGACUCUACAGCGAAAUCUACAAAGCGCAAUGCUUUUGGCCUUCAGGCAAAAACCAUUUGCCGACUACACAGGCGUUAGCGGAGCAUCGCCGUUAUAACCGUGACGUCGAAACGUAUUCGACGUCAACGCCGCCUGUAUACAACCAAAAUGUAUCUGUGUUGGGUCAGUCCAACAAGCAGCAAAACAGCAGCGCAGCUGAUUCUCAUGAUUUAAAAGAAUUGCUAAAUCACCUUGGAGGCCACAGUUUGAUGGAGGACAUCGCACACGGACUGCAUAAGGCCAGCAUUACCAUCCUUGGCAUUCUGUUUGUAGAGAACCUUUUGAAGUUGUUUUGUAUGGGGAAGACGUUUUUCAUCAAGAAAUUGGAGGUUUUUGAUGCUUUCAUUGUGGUAGUGUCAUUCGUGGUAGACCUCGUCCUCCUGAAGGGCCUCACGGAGUUUCCGGUGCCAGAUGCCCUCUAUAUCCUCUCAUUUCUCCUUCCCUGGAGAGUCAUCAGGGUUGUCAACAGUCUGCUAGUGGCGGUGUUGGAUCACGAACAUUUCCGAUUGAAGAUGUUGUACCGAGAGAAGAAGGCCGUGGACGCCCAGCUCAAGAUCCUAAAGGAUAAGGAGAAACGAUGGGAUUUCCACUUACAAAGGAUAGAAUCCUUCUGCGAAAGUGAGGGUAUUCCAAAGUGGAAGAUACGACAACAUACAGCAAUGGGCAGAAAACAGUCCACUGUCUCGUCGAUGGCGUCCCUAGCGUUUAACGGGUUUCUCCAAGGUAUGCUGUUGAGGCCAAGUGAUAAAAAGUCCGUCAAGUCAUCCGUAUCUCAGUCAAUAGACGAGUGUACGUCUGACGUCGCGCUGUCUACAAACACAAACUGUGAAGUCAUUCACGAAGGCGACAACGAGGACGUCAACUGUAACAGGCAUAACAGCACUACGGAAAGUGAGCUGGAUUUGUUGACUGUUGAUGAAAGGGAGACUGCCGAACCAACGUUUCGUGCAAAACGAACGAAACGCGUCAGCUUUGACGCCAAGGAGGGAAAACCGCUGUUAAAAUACCAGACAGCUGUUGACGUGUCUGAAGACGAUCUAUCACGUCAAUCAAGCCAGGACGACAGUGUUUUUACGGAAGAACGCAAAGAUAUAACGUGAUGGAAUAUGUUACCAUUUUAUAAAAAAAACAGCUCAACAAUACUCGGGGAUUUGUUCAUACAAUAAAUAUGCAAGUCCAUGUUAAUGCAUACUACAUAAAGUAUAAAUAACAAUUUUGCGGCAUACAUUUAGAACAAUAGCAACGAACGUGUAUUUGUAUUUACGUAUAUUUAGUCAUGUUUUAAAGCAAAUAAAAGAAAACAAA